AUGGUGGAGUGCAACCGUGUUAAAAAUCAAACUCGCAAUGCCUGUCAUGGAUCAGAUUCACUAGCAUCGGCUGAAAGAGAGACAGAGUUUUUCUUUGGAGCAGGCAGCAGCAGCAGCCGUGGUCUUCAAGUCCCGGCAGAGUUUGACAACUGCACAUUGUGUUUGGUCAAGCCAUACACAAUGACCCAAGGUCUGCUUGGGAGAGUAGCUCGUGAUAUUGUGCAGGCUGGUUUUGACAUCUCUGCCAUGCAAAUGUACCAUUUGGACAAGAGCACAGCAGAGGAGUUCUUGGAAGUCUACAGAGGUGUCGUUGCCGAAUAUCCGGAGAUGGUAUCUGAGUUGUGCUCAGGAGCAUGCGUUGCCAUGGCAUUAAUUCAUCAACAUGGCGGUGCUUGUGUAGAGCAGUUCAGACAGUUUGUUGGACCAGCAGAUCCAGAGAUAGCUCGUCACUUGCGUCCCAGCACGUUGCGUGCAAAAUAUGGACACAACAAAUUGAAGAAUGCUGUUCACUGCACUGACCUAGCUGAUGACGGCAUGCUGGAGGUUGAGUACUUCUUCAAGAUUCUCCAGUAACUACGGAAACAGACUAGACUUCAGUGACGGUCACAGCGCAUCCUCAGUAAUCGGCGUCACAAUGUAUUUUCAUUGAUGUGUCUUCUGUAACCGCUGGAAUGGAUAUUCAGCCGCUGGUGCAGCAAUGUGUUGAGAGAUGCAAAGGCGAGGUUUGAUGAGCUGAUUUCGAUGUGAUAUUAAUCCUGAAACAUAAUGCAAUGCUAUAGUAAAUGACUGUCGGCGAAUUCAUUCCUUUUCGCUUUCAUUAUAAGAAGAGAAUUUAUCUUUCUGUUUGAACCACA